AUGGAAAUCAUAAAUAUACUGCCUAUUGCUAGAGAUAGUAAAAGUAAUAACAAUAUAGAAAUAGAAGAGAAGGAGGUAGUAAUGUAUAGUACAAAAGCAAAUAAGGCUCAAAACAGUAAAAGUAUAGUCAAAGAUGAACUAAUUCCAAUGAAAACUCUUAUAUUACAGGCUGAUAAUAAAACAGCUUCUAAUGUUGGCAAUAUUAGUAAUUCAGAAAUAAAAUCACAAAAUAAUUCUUAUAAACAUAAUUAUACAGAACAUAAAAAUAUGACGAA